CUAGCCGGGAUCUCAUGUACACUGCUGUGCUGCACCUCUGUAAUAAGGGACCGAUGCACAUCUCAAACGGAGCCAGCUCCUACAACUGAACCAGUUCUAUUUACCCUUCAUUGAGGAUGUGCACAGUGCGUUAAAUUCAAUAUAUUCAAGUUAUUCAAUCAAGUAGAAUCCAAAGGCUUAUCAACCAAAUGAAGAUGUGGAAACCAGUACUUUUCUGUGUGUUUUAUAUGUGUACUUUUCAUGUUAUCAAUUCACAGAAAACAGUGUGCACAGCGGCUGAUACUGCAGAUAUUGUGUUUCUUGUGGAUGGAUCAUGGAGCAUAGGAACAAUAAACUUCAAAGUGGUGCAGGACUUCUUGUACACAAUGAUUGAUGGUUUUGACGUUGGUCAAGAUAAUAUUCGUAUUGGCUUAAUACAGUACAGUGACACGCCACGUACAGAAUUUUACCUGAACUCUUACAGUAGGAAAGAAGAUGUAUUGCAGUACAUACAAAACCUGAAAUAUAAAGGCGGGGGAACCAAAACUGGGCUUAGCCUCAAAUAUAUGUUGGAAAACCAUUUUACAGAAAGUGCAGGGAGCAGAGCAAAUGAAGGGGUACCUCAGAUUGCAGUGGUGAUAACAGAUGGGCAGGCUCAAGACAACAUCAAACAGCCUUCGAAAGACGUGAAGAAUGCUGGGAUCACCCUGUAUGCUAUUGGUAUUAAAGAUGCCGACUUAAAUGAGCUUAAUGAAAUAGCAAGUGACCCAGACGACAAGCAUGUUUAUAAUGUGGCUGAAUUUGCGGGUCUGCAGGGUAUUUCUCAACGUAUGCUGCAAGUGCUCUGCACCACAGUAGAAGAAGCCAUCAAGCAGACAGGACAAAUUGCUCCAGGGUGCCGGCAAGCCAAUCAAGCUGAUAUUGUUUUUUUAGUGGAAAGCUCAACACGGAUGGGAGAUGCAACUUUUGAAAAAGUGAAGGAUUUCCUUAUUGGUUUUGUUUCUGGAUUGGAUGUUGGGAUUAAUAAAGUCCGUGUUGGUCUUGCUCAGUACAAUGAUGAAACCACUAAAAAAUUUCUUUUAAAUGAAUAUGCCCUGAAGAAUGAAAUUGUGGAAAAAAUAGAAAACUUGCCUUAUCUACCCGGUGGGGUGUUUACAGGACAAGCCUUGAAGUUUAUCAACUCAAACUAUUUCACAGAGUCAGCAGGCAGCAGAGCGGCUGAAAAUGUAGCUCAGGUACUUAUUGUAAUCACUACUGGAGAGUCAGAGGAUGGAAUUUUGGAGUCAGCUAGAGAGUUAAAGUCAAAAGGCAUCUCCGUAUAUGUGACUGGGAUUAAUGUCAGAGAUGACGUUCAACUGCAGGAAGUGGCAAACAAACCAAGUGAAAAAUUUAUAUAUCAGCUUGAUACGUUUGAUGAAUUUGAUGAUGUGGCUGGUUUACUUCUCCAAAAUGUGUGCUUUGGCGUCAUAACAAAUAUUCAAGCAUAUUCAAAGCGCUACGCAGAUGUUGUGUUCCUGGUUGACUCCUCUACCAGCAUGUCCAGUUCCAUAUUCCAGCAGAUAAAAAACUUUGUUGUAGAAAUAAUAAGUCAGCUAGAUGUAGGCAUUAAUAAAUAUCGUGUUGGAUUGGCACAAUACAGUGGCGACUCGGAGACUGAAUUUUUACUGAAUACUUAUGAAACCAAAGAUGAGGUGAUAAAUCAUGUUCAAACUAAACUAAAUUUUAAACGUGGUCCAUUGAACACAGGACGUGCUCUGGAUUUCCUGCGCUCAACUUUCUUCACAGAAGAGGCUGGGAGUCGCAUUAACCAAGGAAACUCACAGUUUGUGGUGUUUAUAACUUCAGCAAAAUCAGCUGAUGCUGUUGAUCAGUCGGCACAGGAACUAAGAAGUAUUGGAGUCACAACUAUCUCCGUUGGGAUUCAGAAUGCUGAUAAGCGAGAGCUGGAAACCGUGGCAACGCUACCAUUUGCAUUCCAGAUAAAAGGCUUGCAGUCCAUAAAAAAUGUGCAAGACGAUGUUGUCAAUGUUAUCUUAACUCAAGAAAUGCUACAGUUUUCUGUGGUGGCUAGUAGUCCAGCAGUUUGCUCCAGCGCUACAGUUGCUGAUAUAGUUUUCCUAAUUGAUGAAUCUAGUAGCAUUGGUUCUACAAAUUUUCAGCUGACCAGAGUGUUUCUGCACAAAGUUAUUAACGCAUUGGAUAUAGGUUUAAAUAAUGUCAGAGUGGGCUUGGUUCUGUUCAGUGAUGAGCCCAGACUGGAGUUUAAGUUGAACACAUUUGAUCAAAAAUAUGAAAUUUUGGACUCAAUAACUAAGCUCCCAUACAGAGGAGGAAAUCCCAACACUGGUGCUGCAAUUGAGUUCUUGAGGAAGAAGCUUUUUACUAAGCAAAAUGGCGGCAGAGCACACCAAGGUGUCCAGCAGAUAGCCGUGGUCAUGACUAAUGGUCAGUCAAAAGAUAAUUUCACCAAGAAAGCUGCAAAACUAAGACGUUCAGGUGUAGAAGUGUUUGCUGUUGGCUUUCAGAACGCCAACAUGACCGAACUGAAGCGCAUAGCGUCUCACCCUCCUCGGAAACACGUCACUAAUAUUGAGUCUUUUCUGCAACUUCCAAAUAUUGAGAAAAAACUAAAGAAGCGACUUUGCAACGAAAUAGUUUCACAGUCUUUUGUAGUUCCUGCAUUUGCCCGUACACUGAAAACAGGCUGCGUGGACACAGAAGAAGCGGAUAUUUACUUUCUGAUUGAUGGCUCUGGUAGCAUAUAUCCAGAGGACUUUAUUGACAUGAAAAAUUUUAUGAUAGAAUUAAUAAGCAUGUUCCAAGUUGGGGCAAACAGAGUGCGCUUUGGGGUUGUCCAAUAUUCUGAUGUCCCUCAGAUUGAAUUUACUAUCAAUGAGUACUAUACUCAGAAGAGUUUAAAGGAAGCAGUUAAACAAAUUUACCAGCUGGGCGGUGGUACGAGGACAGGAGACGCAUUGAAGUCCAUGGUAAACCUCUUUAUGAAAGCGGUAGCCGACCGCAAGAAUAAAGUCCCUCAAUCUUUAGUCGUCAUCACUGAUGGUGAAUCUCAAGAUCGGGUAACUGAAGCUGCAGCAGAAAUUCGAGGAAAUGGCAUUACUGUUUAUGCUAUUGGUGUUCAAAAUGCUGUGGAAGAGCAGCUGAAAGAUAUUGCAGGGUCAGAGGACAAGAUGUUUUUUGUCAAUAAUUUUGAUUCACUUGAUCUAAUCAAGCAUGACUUGGUCCGUGAUAUCUGCUCGCCAGAAGCAUGCAAGAACAUGAAAGCAGACAUCAUAUUUCUGAUUGACAGCUCUGCCAGCAUUGACCCAUAUGAUUUUGAAAAGAUGAAGGAAUUUAUGGAUUUAAUGGUGAAACAAGCAGAAAUUGGCCCUGAUAGAGUACAAAUUGGAUUAAUCCAAUUUAGCUCUGAUACACAGGAAGAGUUCCCACUUAACAGAUACAAAAGAAAGAGCGAAAUCCAGGCAGCUAUAGCUGGCAUCCAGCAAAUGAAUCAAGGGACGCUCACAGGAGCGGCGCUAACUACAACUUUACCUUAUUUUAGUUCAAGAAUGGGAGGGCGGCCAAUGACCAAGCAAUAUCUCAUCAUAAUCACUGAUGGUGAAGCCCAAGAUAAGGUGGCGCAACCUGCGAAAGCUAUCAGAGACAAAUUUGUUACUAUUUAUGCCAUCGGAGUCCUGAAUGCCAACAACACACAACUUCUGGAAAUGGCUGGGUCUCAAGACAAGGUUUUUUAUGAAGAUAAUUUUGAUGCCCUGGCCUUCCUGAAUAAACAAUUAAUGUUUGAGAUCUGCAAUCCUGAAGACCCUUGCAAAAGGACAGAAGUGGCUGACAUUAUAUUUGUAGUAGAUGGUUCUAUCAGCAUUACAAAUGUUCAAUUCAAAACAAUGCAGAGGUUCAUGGAGGCACUGGUCAAUGACUCCAUGGUGGGAAAAGAUAAUGUUCAAUUUGGUGCCAUUGUGUAUUCCACUGAUCCUGUGGAACAGUUCUCAUUGAAUGCUUAUUCUUCCAAACAAGAUGUUCGAAAGGCAAUAUUUGGCUUACAAAGAGUCAAGGGACUCACCUACACAGCAACUGCUCUGGAGUAUGCACAGACGAGGUUUGAUCCAGAUUUUGGUGCCCGAUCUGGAGUCACUCAUAUAAUAGUCCUCAUUACUGAUGGAGAAACUUCACGUGAGGACAGACCCAAGUUACCUGCAAUAUCAAAAUCUUUAAAGGAUGAUGGCAUAGUAGUCUUUGCUGUUGGUGUUGGAAAAGCUAAUGCCGCUGAGCUAAAGCAGAUAGCUGGGCAGCCAGAUAGGUGGUUCUUAGUACAAAAUUAUAGCUCACUGGAAAGUUUACAUGAUAACAUAACACACAUAGUCUGCGAUAAUUCAAAACCAGCGUGUUCCAAUGAACAAGUUGAUCUUGUCUUCUUGAUUGACGGCUCUGCAAGUAUCACUCCAAGCAACUUCACAACUAUGAAAACUUUUAUGAAAGACAUUGUUGAAAGUUUUACUAUUGCACAAAACAAAGUACGUGUAGGGGUUGCCCAGUAUAGUACAAAUACCCAGAAGGAAUUUUACUUAAAUGAAUUCUACUCUAGCACAGACAUGAAAAAACGCAUUGAAGAAAUCAAACAACUGAGAGCUAAAACGUAUACGGGGAAAGGCCUUAAAUUUGUCAGACAGUUUUAUGAUUCAACAAAUGGAGGCCGUAAAAACCAAGGCAUACCUCAGUAUCUGAUAGUUAUCACUGACGGGAAGUCAAGUGACUCAGUUGAAGAGGAAGCCGCUUCUCUGAGAAAUGAAGGAAUACACAUCUACUCCAUUGGUAUUGGUCUUCUAAACAAUUUUGAACUUGUUCAGAUUGCUGGUACCCCAAAUAAUGUAUUCACUGUUCAGACAUUUGAGGUUUUGGACUCCAUCAAGAGACAGAUAGUUUCUCAGAUCUGUGAACCAGCUGAUCAACCUUCCAUUGAUUGUAACAUAGACAUUGCUGUAUCCGUUGAUUACUCAAGGAGAGUCAGAGCUACUUCUGCAGCCCGCCUGCAACAAAAGCUGCAGCUUUAUCUCCCUGAAGUCCUGCAGCGCAUAUCUACCUUGAACAAUAUUAGCUGUGCCACUGGAUCUCAGAUAAAUAUCCGCUUCAGAUAUGUUGUUCCAGGACAGGAUGAGACAUCUUUAUUCGAUUCUGACUUUGACAAGUACAGUGAAGAAACACUCAAAAAAUUUAUAAGCGUGCAGUCUACUGCUGACAGCUUUCUUAAUGCAAAGUUUCUUCAACUGCUUUGGACUAAAUUUAAGGGCGUGCCGAAUCAGAGAACCAAAGUUAUUGUUGUUUUCACUGAUGGACUAGACGAUAUUACAGAACAACUCAGAAAAACAUCUGAAUCCCUCCGGACCCAAGGCUUGGAUGCACUUCUGCUUAUUGGUCUUGAAGGUGUUCAGAAUGUGAAAGAAUUGCAAGAGGUAGAAUUUGGAAGAGGUUUUUCUUACCAGCAAACUCUCAGCAUAUUGCAGCAAGAUUUGCCAAGUCGGAUGCUUAAAGAAAUAGACACAGUCGCUGAAAGGAAAUGCUGUAAUGUUGUAUGCAAGUGCUCAGGAUAUGAAGGCCUCAGAGGACUCCCAGGAGUUCCAGGAACCAAAGGGAGCAUUGGGCCCAAAGGAUCUCCAGGUCACCCAGGAGAAGAAGGAGGUAUUGGUGAGCGAGGAACUCGUGGACUUAAUGGGACAAGAGGAGAAGAUGGCUGCCAGGGUGUCAGAGGCCUAAAGGGAGGCAGAGGCUACCGAGGAGAUAAGGGAGAUGAUGGUGAAAAUGGAAUAGAUGGAGUACCAGGAGAACAGGGAGAUCGUGGUCCCACUGGGCCUUCUGGUGAGCAUGGAAGUCCCGGUUCACAGGGUAGAAAAGGUCCAAGUGGAGAACCCGGAGAAAGGGGUGAUGUUGGUCUUAGGGGAGAUCCUGGAGAUCCUGGAAUCAACAAUAAUAUUGUAGGACCAAAAGGAGUAAAAGGACAACCAGGACGACAGGGUGAAUCUGGCACAGAUGGUGUAGAAGGAGAACCUGGAGAUGACGGUCCUGAUGGUCCACAAGGCCGCAGAGGACCUCCUGGUUUUAAGGGCGAGAGAGGUCCCCCUGGAGAUCUUGGAAGCAGAGGAGAGCCUGGACUUCAAGGUGUUCAGGGUCCUCGAGGCUUGGUAGGACCACCAGGUCCACCUGGACAACAAGGAUUACCUGGGCCUCAAGGUACUUCUGGUGCAAUGGGUGGCCCAGGUUCUGUUGGCAAUAUUGGUCCUAAGGGUCAAAAGGGGGAGCCAGGAGAUAUUGGUGAGAAAGGAGACCCAGGAAUCACUGGCCGGAGAGGUUUGCCUGGUUUAGAUGGUGCUGAUGGGUAUGGUUCUCCAGGUUUAAAAGGAGAAAAGGGUCACAUAGGAUUUCCUGGAUAUCCUGGUGUACAGGGAGAAGAUGGAGAUCCUGGAAUUGUUGGAGAUGGAGGACCCAAAGGAAUUAGAGGAAGGAGGGGUAAUUCUGGCUUCCCAGGAGGGAAUGGAGACCCAGGGGAAAGAGGACCUCCAGGGCAGAGGGGCUCCAAGGGACCCGAGGGAACUGUGGCCAUGACGACUUGUGAACUUGUUAACUUUACACGAGAGAAUUGCCCUUGCUUUUCAGGUGGCUCAAAAUGUCCAGUCUAUCCAACGGAAAUCGUGUUUGCCCUUGAUGCAUCUCAGGAUGUUCCACCAUCUGCAUUCCAAAGAAUGAAGGAUACAUUAUUAACUAUGGUGGAAUCUUUGGAAAUCAGUGAAAGUAACUGCCCUAGAGGUGCUCGUGUGGCCGUUGUCUCAUAUAAUAGUAACACUAAGUACCUCAUUCGUUUCUCUGACUAUCAAAGGAAAAGUCUACUCUUGGAUGCAAUUCGUGGAAUCACUCCAGAAAGAACAUCAUCCAAUCGAAAUAUCGGAGAAGCCAUGAGAUUUGUAGGGAGGAACGUCUUCAAGCGCAUCCGGCAAGGAGUCCUCAUGAGAAAAGUUGCUGUGUUUUUUAGCAAUGGUGUCUCUCAAGAUGUUGAUUCUAUAAACACAGCUGUGCUGGAGCUGAGUGCACUUAACAUUAUACCUUCCGUAAUUGCCUUCAAUGAUGUCCCAAAUGUUAGAAAUGCAUUUUCGGUGGAUGAAAGCAGAAGAUUUAAGGUGUUUCUUUGGAGGAGGCAACAAGAUCAAAGGUUAGAGGUUAUCAUGCGGUGCUCUCUUUGUUAUGACAAGUGCCGACCUGAUGAAGAAUGUGAGCUUGAUCCACAGCCACCAACUGAAGUGGACAUGGAUAUUGCUUUCAUAAUUGACAGCUCCCGUAGUAUCAGAAGUAAUGGCUUUGAGCAUGUAAAAGAUUUUGUGAGUGCUGUUCUGGAUCACCUUGUUAUAUCACCACAGCCUCGGGUGUCAGACGUAGGGGCGAGAGUUGCUCUACUCCAACAAGCAGUCCCAGGAUUCUUGCCAAACCGGAAUAUAAGUCCUGUAAAAACUGAAUUUGACCUUAUUAGUUACAAUGAUAGGAGUCUAAUGAAAAGACAUAUUGAGGAAUCCGUAACUCAGUUGGAUGGGCCAUCUGCUAUUGGAUAUUCUGUUCAGUGGGCUAUUGACAAUAUUUUCUCAAAGGCUCCAAAACCAAGAAAGCACAAAGUUAUUUUUACUAUCCUUGGCAGCAGGACAAGUUACUGGGACAGAGAAAAACUGAGAGAUAUAACACGAAAAGCAAAAUGCCAGGGUUUUACCAUGUUCGUCUUGGCAUACGGAAAAGAGAUAAAUGAUAAUGAAUUGAGUGAACUUUUCAGCUUUCCAAAAGACCAACACUUGCUGCACUUGGUUAGCAUGGCCAAGUCUGAACUGGUGUAUGCUGAGAGGUUUAGCCAGGCCUUCCUCAACCUUCUUAAUCGUGAACUUAAUAAAUACCCACCAUCAGGUAUGCAAGGAGAAUGCGGAGGACGUGGAGACUCAUCUUUCCCUUUACUUCAAAGUAUCACUGGUCUCAAUACACGUAUUGAAGAAGUGGAACCAAUUGAAGGUGCCCAAGAGAAUGUAGAAGGAUUUAUUGAAGAGGAGUAUAUAUAUGAAGAGGAGACAGAGGUUACACGUGAACCAAAAACAUUGGAAGAGAUUGUAGGAGAAUCAAUUGCGACAAUGGUCCUAGGGCCUGUUGCAGAGCUUUGCUUAUUGGAAGUGAGUCAUGGCACAGCUUGCAGGGAUUUUCAGCGCAUGUGGUAUUACAUAAAAGAUGUUGAUGCAUGCUCCCAGUUCUGGUAUGGAGGUUGUGAUGGUAAUGGAAACAGAUUUAGCUCUGAAAACGAGUGUCUACAAACUUGCUCUUCUAAACGUCAAACCAAUAAUGAGCAAUUGCAGACGCUCAGUAAAGAUAUCUGCACAUUGAGCCAAGAUGAUGGAGACUGUCAAAAUUACAUGCUGAAGUGGUUCUACAAUGCAGAUCAAAAUGAAUGCGUGCAAUUCUGGUAUGGUGGUUGCGGAGGAAACAAAAAUCGCUUUGAAACUCAGGAACAGUGUGAGGCCCUCUGCUUGUAUUCACGUUAACAUUUCAUAAUGAUUCAUUAGUAUUUCAUUGCGCAUAUGAACAAAUUAUCAUUCAUUUAAGUUUAGAAUUUGAGGGGAAAAUAAAUUAUUAAAAUAUU